GUUAAUCUUUGACAUCGACAGCAGGUUUAGUCAAUUAUCAACAAUCUCGGUUUAAAAACAAGAUUUAUCUAGAUUUUGGUAAGCUAGAAGCCUAUAAAAGCCCUGUCCGUCGUUAACUGUGCGUCACAUUGACUUCUUGAUCAACCACCAAGUGGACAAAACUUCUAUCCUGGUAUCGACUUGGUAUAGGCUACAACCAUGAAUCGUUUUCUGCUGCUGCUGUUCGCCUGCUGCGUGCUGGGCAUCCGCGCUCAGGUUAUCGAGGAUGACCCCCCGAAGGAGCCCCUCAGCCCGGAAGAACUCCAGAGCCAGACCACCAAGGAAAUCUUAAGCCUGAUCGAGGUAGCCAUCAAGGUGGCCCAGUAUACGGACAUUGGGGAGAAGCGGAAGGCGAUGGGUUGGGUGCAGGAGCGACUAGACGUGGUCAAAGGCCUGUUGAAUGUGGACGGAGGCUCGGGCACCAAAGAACCAGAGGUCACCUAUUACCAAGACUGCGCUGCGCUGUACGACGAAGGAUUUACGGACAGUGGGCUGUACAACAUUUACCCGAAUUAUCCAGCGAGUUCCGACCCGCUGGCCGUGUGGUGUGACCAGGAAUCGGACGGCGGGGGCUGGAUUGUUUUUCAGCGCCGCGUGGAUGGCUCGGAAGACUUCGAGAAAUUGUGGGACGAGUACCGCCAGGGUUUCGGUGACCCCAGCGCCGAGUUCUGGCUGGGCAACGACAACCUGGUGUUGCUGACGACCGGAGGAGGGGACGUGGAGCUCCGUGUGGACAUCACCGAUUGGGAUGACCGGACCGCGUACGCCCAAUAUGCCAACUUCGCGGUGCGAGGGAGCCAGUACACGCUGACUGCGGAUGGAUACGACGAGGCUUCCACUGCAGGUGACGCUUUGGACUACCACAAUGGCAUGGACUUCACGACCACCGACCGGGACAACGACCGGGCCAGCGGCGGCAACUGCGCCGUCUGGAUGCGGGGCGGCUUCUGGCACAACUACUGUCUGACGGCCGAUCCUAACGGGCCCUACCUCGUCCCUGGCGGGGAGUAUGGCGCCUUCUCCCCCGGCACAGAUCAGGGAGUGACUUGGACGACGUACACGGCCCACGGCUACCCAGGCCGGGAAUACUCGCUCAAAGGAACCGAGAUGAAGCUAAGGAUGUCCCCUGCUAUUUCGCCUUAAGUCACACCACCCGUUCACAACAAGCAUAAUUUGAUGUAAUUCAGUUCUUCUUAAAAAACGGUACAGUAACAGUACUACCUCGAUUUGGCUGACAUAAAGGGGGUGAAUGAAAAAAUACAGUAUCAUUCUUUUGGUUUUGCCAUGAUGUGCACAUUUUUAUGGAAACUAAUGCGCACGUUGUUUAUACCACUGAAUUCUUGAAUUGAAUGUUAAAAAAUACAAUUCGAAUGCCAUGGAAGGCAUGAAUUUAUGCAAGUAUAAAAUCAGUCAGGUUGUGUUCAUUAGUAUUGGUAGAAUUUUGCACCAAUUUAUUAUUAUUAAAAAAAUGGGUAUGUACUACACCUGAUUUGGUUUGAAUUUGUACGGAGGGUUGAAGGCUUUUUUCCCGGCGCGGCGUAAGGACGCGUCUUUAACAUAAUUGUUCAGUGAGAUUUUGCAUAGGAUAAGGUCUGGAAUAAAGGGCUUGAAUGCCCCACACAAUGGA